AGAAUCUUCUCCAACACACCCCCUCGCACGCCGGGGCUGCGUUGGAUAAACGAGAGCCACACAGCGGGUCGUCUCCCCCGUCCCAAUCUGCAUCAGUUCGUCAAACAGCGGCGGCCGUGCUGUUCUAUCGCCGGCCGGAUGUCUACCAAUGGCGUCGAGGUUAAUGGGAUGUGUGUUGCGCCCGGGGUAAUGAGCGGUUCUUUCUUCCCAGUGGAGUCACAGGAUUCCAUGAGCGUCCCAAAAGGCGCUGUCUGUGCUGCCGGCUGUGCGCGGCCGCCUGUGGAUGCAGGGGUGGGCGAGGUGUGCUCUGAAGCCACCAGCGGCUGGAUGCGCAGGUAAGUGAAAAUCAAUCACCUCUAUUUCUUUUUUGUCUGUUGUUCUGCAAUCUUAAAUCUGGACCAUUUCUACGUUCUUAGGCAUAGAAACGUGCUGAUUGGUGUAUGCGUGGUAUAUGUUGUUGUUUGGGUUCACUAACGAGGCACAUUAUAUUCGGAUGUAGCGGCGAAGCAGUUUAUUUCCAUAUUUGUUAGGUUCCCAGGCACGUAAAAUUUUGGCAGUGAGCUAUGGGGUUUACUGUUGCUGAAGUUCAUGAAGCAUUAGAAUUUGAUUCAGGCUGUUCUGGACGGGUUGUUUAGUUUGAGAGAGUUUGUACUGCUGAUGUGUUCUCAAUGCAUUUUUCUAGGUUGGAUUGCAUAGUUGAUUAGUUCAUGAAGCAUUAGAAUUUGAUUCAGGCUGUUCUGGACGGGUUGUUUAGUUUGAGAGAGUCUGUAAUGCUGAUGUGUUCUCAAUGCAUUUUUCUAGGUUGGAUUGCAUAGUUGAUUAUAUUUAUGUGGAUGCCAGUUGAUUAGUCUACAUGAUGCCGGGAGCUGUUUUUGUUGAUUUUUGAGAAACUGUGAACUGCCUGUGCCGGAUAUGAUAUGCACGUUUGUUAAUGUGUGUCGUGUCCCGCCGGCUCUUUAUGUGACUAUUAGUGUACUUUCAAAAAUAACAAGGUACUCAUUAAUUCUUUCAUGUGUGUCGUCUCAUCCUGAGAUGCUUAUGCAGGGUCAGGGUUGGAAAAGCUCCCGAGGAGAGGGAGAUGAAUCCGAACAUGAUAUCAGCUCUGGAAUUGUCUGUCCGUGCUUAUGCAGAGAAGAGGGAUGGAACUGUUGUGUACCCAAGCAUUGGGACAAGUUUUGACUCGUUGGAUGAAGCUUAUGAAUUCUAUAAUCUGUAUUCGUGGGAGUGCGGGUUUGGUGUUAGACUUGCCAAGAGCAGAUUGAAUGUUGAAAGGAAGAGAUGCAUGCAAGAGAUUGUGUGCGCUUGUGCGGGGAAACCGUUGAGGGAAAAUAGCCGCUCGACCAGGUGCGGAUGCAAUGCCAUGAUUAGGCUGCUGCGGUCGAACGACAAGGGCUGGUAUAUAGCAGAACACAAGGAUGAUCAUAACCACCCGUUGUCGUUGACCUGUGGCCAUAAAAUGCAUUGGAAGUCGCAUAAGCAUAUAAACAAAUACACAAAAGAUCUAGUGAAACAGCUGAGAGACAACAAUGUGGGGCUGGGGAAAGUGUAGCAUUGUUGGAUGUUUUUUCGGGACAGUGGAUAAAGUGCCAUUUACCAAGAGGUCUUUGAAGACUCUGUGCCGAAAGUUGAAUAGAGAAUAGUCUGACAUGGAUGCAGUCAAGACGAUGGCGAUUCUAGCUGAAAUGAAAGCUAACGAUCCUGACUUCAAUUACACGGUGCAAGUGGAUGGGGAGAGCAGGGUAAAGACACUAAUGUGGGUAACAAGCAGAGGUUUUGACCAGUACAGGUGUUUCGGAGAUGCAAUCACAUUUGAUACAACUUAACGUACUAAUCUUUAUGACAUGCCGUUUGGGUUGUUUGUUGGUGUAAACAACCACUUCCAAAGCAUAAUUUUUGGUGGUGCCAUGAUGAGGGAUGAGAAGGAGGAGACGUUCAAGUGGAUUUUUAAAGAGUUCAUCCGUAUGGUGGGCGGGAAACACCCACAGACAAUCCUAACUGAUCAUGCAGAUCAAGCUGGCUAUCGAGGCUGAACUACCAAACACAGUACACCGUUGGUGCAAGUGGCAUGUUCUGAAGAAAUCAAAGGAGUCGAUGGGUGUGCUAUGGAGCAAGAAUAGUGACUUUAAGAUGGAGUUCCACAAGCUAGUCCAUCACAUGAUCACAGAGGAAGAAUUUGAAGCUGGUUGGCAGCUGAUGCUGGAAAGGUACUCCCUGAAGAAGCAUCCAUUCUUGACGCAGAUAUAUGAGGUGCACCAUAAGUGGGCAAAGCCAUAUUUUAGAGGAGUGUUUUGUGCGAAAAUGACUAGCACACAUCGGAGUGAGAGUGCAAAUCACAUGUUGAAAGGUUACGUGCCGCCAGGGUGUCCUAUGCACCUAUUUUUGAAACAAUUUGAGAAACUCCAAUUUAACAGGGAGUCGGAGCAGAGCUUCCAGGAGAAGAGAACAUUGCUGAGUGUUGUGUCGCUUAGAAAUAACCUGCCAUUAGAGAGGCAUGCUAGCAAGGUGUACACGAGAGCUAUGUUUGAGAAGUUCGGUGAAGAGCUGUAUAAGUGUGGUGCACAUGUAUUGGAUGAGAUUGUACCAAGGAAGGUUUAUAGAUCAACACAUGUAGAUGCUGCAGCAAGAGAGAAAUGGAGUAAGGGUGAGUUCACAAUCGAAGUGGAUGAUGAAGAGAGUUUUUUCAGUUGUUAUGGUCCACUUCCACCUGUCAAAGAUACCAGAGAAGCAUAUAAUGAAACACUGGACAAGAGAUACAAAUGAUGUUCUCCCUGCACAUUUGGUCCGAUACCAGAAAGACAGAGGGCCUCCUUCCAGCAAUACAUUCAGACAUCACACAAUGUACACGAAGGCACUAGAGUGUGUGCUGCUUGGCGAUAGCAAUGUUAAGUGCUAUGAUGUUUUUAUGACCAUUAAGCGCCGAAAAGGACGGGAUGGGGCUAGCAGAAAGGGAGCAACAAAAUCAGGUUUUAGUUCAGGAGCACCCAGGGGCGCUUCAGGUAGAAGGGGGCAGCACAAGGCCUGCUUGUGAUGGUGAAACAAGUUGUUCAGGGAUCAUUGGGCAGCAGAAUAAACGCCCGAGAGGGAGACCGACAACUAGCCGAGACAAAGCUCCGUAUGAGCAACAUUUGAAGAGAUCAAGGUUUUGUACUAUCUGCAGGGGGCAAGGGCACAAGAGCACCACUUGCCCUGAGAGAGGCGACGUGCCGAAAAUGCCAAGGAAAUUGCCGAAGUGUACAAAUUGUGGUGUGCUUGGGCAUCGUCGCAAUGCUUGUGGCACGAAGAAGUCUGGACCUUUUGAACCCAACUUUCUCUGAGGAACUUAGUAUGUUGGCUCGGUGGAUACUGUUUUCAUUAUCAGGGAUGAAUUAUUAUGAAUUUGUGAUGGGAUCGUUAACAUCCUGUUGACAAUUUAGAAUUUGUUUUAAUGCUUCAAACGUUGGUUUCAUUUGAGACACUGAUUUUUUUUCAUGUUUGUGUUGGUUUCA